AUGGCUGUAGCAGGAACAGCAGAAGAACGUGCCGUUGAACGUGCCGUUUGGGCAGAGGCGCCUGACGUGUGGUUCGCUCAAGUCGAGGCGCAGUUUUCCACGGCCCGCAUCAUUAAGGACCGGAUGUGCUAUGACUGCGUCGUCGCCCAUCUAGACUCUCACUAUGCGGCUGAGGUUCGCGGUAUACUUGCGAAUACCCCGGCUGAUGACCGUUACCUACAUCUGAAGAGGGAACUGAUCCGCCGGCUUUCACCUUCACAAGACGAGAAGGUGCGUCGCCUACUCCAGCACGAAGAACUCGGUGACCGCAAGCCAUCGCAGCUCUUGCGUUACAUGCGUGACCUCUUGGGCAGCACCCCGGUUGACGACUCCUUCCUCCAUAUCAUCUGGCUUCAGCGUCUACCCUCACAUGCGCAGGCCAUCCUGCAGGUGCAGCCGAAUCUGCCGCUGGACCAGCUCUCUCACAUCGCUGAUCAAGUCGUCGAGAUUUUGUUGCCAGCAUCGCCUCUCACCGUCAACGCCGUUGACACCUAA